AGUUGCAACAAAUUCUGUUUUUCCAGUUAAAUAAACAUCUAUUGUACGGUUGGUUGAAUAAUAAUAUGCAUUUAUGCAUUUCAUGUGUAUCACCUAACUGCUAGAACGUUUUCCUGUGAAAUUUUCACAUACAAACAUUUUUUCAAUCAUUUUGAAGAAAACCAUCAAUAAAAAAUGUUCUCCGGACUCACCAACCAAGUCUCAUCAUGGAUGGGAAGUGUUAAGGGGGAACAAGAAGAAAAAGUUCCUACCCCCACAGAGGAAAGUACCAAUGUGCUCGUGGUGGAUACUGAAAAGAAGGAAGGGAGCCCAACUAAAGCAAGUGGUGGGAAGUUAGAGAUGUUCUCAAAUGUGAAGAAUCAGAUAGAAGGAAUUGGAGGGUGGUUGGGGUCCAGCAUUCCUAAAUUACGAAAAGGUGAAACAGAAGGCCUAGCUGAGAAUCAGGAAGGUGCUACUGAAUACACUGAACCCCAACCCCCAGAAUCUGCUCCAGUCAAAGAUGAGGAUGAUAAUUCCAGAAAUCUUAGUGCUACUGGAGGCGCUGACUCUGGGCCCCAAUCUGCUGCUGAAUCCCCUACUGAAGAUAAAGAUGGUCAAUUUGUAAAUGUACAACAUAAGGCUUUAGCUGGAGCUAAGUCCUUAGGUAGUUUUCUGUAUUCUGCUGUAAAUAAGGCUGGAAAAUCUGUGAGUGAAGCUAGCGCUAAAAUCAAAGAAACUGUUGAGAAAAACAGCAUUCUAGGUGAAUUCAAUAAAGAGCAGGAAGCUUUUCUGAAAGAUAAAAACGGAGGUCCAGCUACAGCACUGCCCCCAUGGGUGGGCUGUGCCAAUGAAGAGGCUCUAAAAGAUGAAUGUCUCAGUCUGUCCACUGACAGAAGGAACUUCGUCCGUAGCCCGCCAGCCGGCGUUGAUUUCCAAUUUGAAUAUGAAGUUACUUACCCCAUUGCCAUGGCUAUAAUGGAACAAGAUCCUAAUCUGGAGAAGAUGCGAUAUGAACUUGUGCCUAAAGUAAUAUCAGAGGAGAACUUUUGGAGGAAUUACUUUUACCGUGUGAGCCUAAUUUGCCAGGCCAAUGAACUGUCUUUCAUGUCAAGGGAGGGAGAUAAUCAAACUGCAACAGAGUCUUCAGAUCAACUAAUAGUAGAUAGUUCAGAAAAAGAUGUGCAUGAGUUUGUAUCUGACACGCUUCAAGCCAGUAGUGAAGAUUUAGUUGAGGUUCAAGAAGGAAUGAAAAAAUUGGCACUUGGAUCCAAAACUAAUGAAGAAGAAUGGGAGAGAGAAUUGGAAGCUGAGCUUCAAGAUUAUGAAUUGGUUAGUGAACAGAAAUCCACCAAUUUGAAGAGUGAGAAUUGGGAGCAAGAUAUUGAAGAAAUGCUGCAAGAAGAGGCUGAUCUCAAGUGAAAACUUUCAUUAUCGUGAUUUAUUUUAGAUUAUUAUGCAACUGAUGUAUUUUAUGGUUUGUCUAAGAUAUCAUUGUUAAUAGUGGAGACCAGUGAAGAAAAUGUCAUAUGAUAAUAACAACUUUACAUUGGCAGGAGGUAUAAUCACCAAAUGAAAUAUUUCGACUAUUUCAAAGAUUUGAAUAUUCUCACGUCACAUACAUAUGGUGAACGUAGCAAGUCUUGCUCCUGUCGCCAACUUCGAAACCGCUUUUCAAAAUGUUAUCUUCUGGAAAUUGAAUAAUUUUUUUUGAAUUUGUAUUUUGCAUAUUGUGCGAUUUCAAAGAUGGUAGGGGCAGGACUUCAGACGGACACUCUAUGUAUAUCAUAAAGCUGCUGUGAUGAUGAAGACAUAAUAAAUUCCAAAUGGCUUUACUGUUUUUUUACUAAUUAUUUGCAAAUUUUCUGAUGGUCAUAUUUAAUUAGUCAAGUGUUGAUAUCUUCUCAAAUCUUUCAUUCCAUACGCCUAAUUAAAGAACCUGAUUAGUUUAAAACUUAUAUUUAGUCUAAAACUUUUACUUAUUUAGUUUCAUGAAAACUUAAUGAGUAGUACAAAUGCAUUACAAGAUUAGAUGUAUGAUCCUCGUGCUCUUGAAAAAAGUUGAACAGUCUGACAUAUCUGAACAGAACUAAUUAGUUAUAGAUUUUCUGAUGGUUAUCAAGGUGAUUUUCUGUUGCACAUGAAUCAACAGCCAGUAUAUAAAACUCUGGAUGACGGGGAGUAUUUCGUUAAUCCUUAAUAGAUGUUUUAAUUUUGUAUGUAGGUAUGUGUUUUCUAGUCAUUAGUAAGUUUGUUAGAAUGUGUAUUGAUAUUUAUUUUGUGAUAGCUGAAAAUGCAGGGUCUUCACCUUACUUAGAUAGUGACACUUCAUAUAUAAUAAUACAUCUUCGAUUUGCUAUCAAAUUAUGCAAUUACUAGUGUUUCAACGUCUUUCUUUGUAUAUAUUCGUAGAUGUACCUAUAUGUAAUUAUUUGAGAGGUGUAAUAUAAAUAUUGAAAUACG